ACAGAGACAUAGUCCUCAAUUCUAACAAAGCUUCUUUCAUAGAUGGAGUUUUCCAGUGUUGAACGAACAACAGUCAGUCACAUAGUUGCUAUGCCAUUUCCAGGCCGAGGCCAUAUAAACCCCAUGAUGAACCUCUGCAAGUUACUAUCCUCAAAGUCCAAAAAAAACCAACUUCUCAUCACCUUUGUUGUCACCGAGGAGUGGCUCGGCUACAUCGGCUCCGAUCCCAAACCCAACAACAUCUGCUUCGCCUCGAUCCCUAACGUUGUCCCGCCAGAACGUUUAAAAGCGGCCGACUUCCCAGGGUUCUACGAAGCUGUAAUGACGAAGAUGGAAGCUCCCUUUGAGGAACUUCUUGAUCAGCUUGAGCACCCAGUUGAUGCUAUGUUAGGUGAUGUUGAGUUACUGUGGACGAUAAGCGUAGGUAAUAGAAGGAAUAUUCCGGUGGCCUCGGUUUGGACCAUGCCUGCUGUUUUUUUCUCAAUGUUACAUCAUUGGAAUCUUUUCUUACCAAACCGACACUUGCCGCUUAAUUCGGUUGAACUUGCAGAGCAGCAUGUGGACCACAUCCCCGGACUUUCUUCAACACAAGUUGCUGACCUUCAAACAAUCAUUCAUGAAACCGACCCUCGAGUAUUGCAGCUUGCAAUGGAAUGCAUUUCAAGGGUGCCGAAAGCACAAUAUCUUCUACUCACUUCUGUCUAUGAGCUUGAACCCCAAGCCUUUGACACUUUAAACGCAAUAUUUCCAUUCCCUGUCUACCCUAUUGGCCCUGCUAUACCUUACUUAGAACUUGAACAUAAUUCCUGUAUUACAAGAACUCACAACAUCCCCAACUAUCUCCAAUGGCUAGAUUCCCACCCUGCGGGUUCAGUCUUGUACAUCUCAUUGGGAAGUUUCCUUUCAGUUUCAGGCACCCAAAUGGAUGAAAUUGCUGCUGGGCUGCGUAAUAGUGGUGUUAGAUUUUUGUGGGUGGCUCGUGGAGAAGCUUCUCGGUUGAAAGAGAGUUGUGGUGAUUUGGGAUUGGUAGUGCCAUGGUGUGACCAACUGAAGGUGUUGUGCCAUUCUUCUGUAGGAGGUUUCUGGACACAUUGUGGGUGGAAUUCCACUCUAGAAGCAAUUUUCGCAGGCGUACCAAUGCUUACUUUCCCGUUGUUUUUGGACCAAGUACCGAAUAGUAGGCUAAUUGUAGAAGACUGGAAGGUUGGGUGGAGGGUAAACAGAUCAACAGUGGGAAAUGAAAUUUCCGUGACCAAAGAAGAAUUAUCAGAGCUUGUCCAAAGUUUUAUGAAUAUGGAAAGUGGAGAGGGCAAAGAAUUAAGAGAAAGAGCAAGAGCACUAAAAGAUAUUUGUCACAAAGCUAUUGGAGAUGGUGGAUCAUCUUAUACAAACCUUGAUGCAUUUUUAGAAGGCAUUUCACAAAGCCACAACCAUUGAGCAGUUUCCUCGUGUAGAUGAGCUGGUGCUUUUUUUCUUUUUUUUAAUAAAAGCAACAAAUAUUUGUUUAUUGCUUUAAUAGUUAAUAUCAGUGUUUGGAAUGGUUUGGAUAA